UCCCAAGGCAGUCACGCCAAGGAGGUGUAGCGUCCGAGCACCUUCGUCAGUGUUGCCCCAACAGCCAACGCGAGUGCACGUCUCCUCUCUCUCUCUGCCUGUCACCACACGCCCCAUCACCAUGAGCUGGCCAUCAUUCUACGGUUAUAAGUACACCCCCAUCGGUCUCCGCCAGAGGGAGAGGAAGGACGACUCCGGCACCAGGUCCAUCUGCACCACCGUGCACCUGCCCCAGGGAGGACACCUGCUUGACAUUGAGAGGCAGUACGGCAUCGAUGGCUCUAUGGCGAAGAGGGAGACCCAGAACAUGUCCCCAUCAUCCGCCGUUCCAGUGACGCGCCCUUCGACCCGCGCCGCCUCGCCUUCUCCCGCAGGCCUUCCCAGCGACUUCUUCGAACCUCGCAAAGAGCCCUCAGACUUCGAGCGACAGGCAGAUGACAUCAUCGCCAACUUCCGCGCCAGGCAGGGGACUGGUCUCGAGGAUUCCAGGGAGGCUAUCCAGCACCUUGAAGAUACUUUUGGUAAAUACUCCAAGCCACUUCGCCGAGAGGUGUCCCCGUCGGCUGCUUCGAAAGUAGCAACGGCGGGAGACACUUUUUCCUCCUUUACCUCCUCCAAGGCGGCUCUCUCGUCCUCCGAGAUGACCUCCCUGGCCAAGGAAGACUCGACUAUGACUGCCUCCACUCGGGUGAGAAGGAUGUUGAAGAAGGCAGCGGAAGAUUUCUAAAACACCUGACGGACAUAUAUCCUUCAUCCCAAGACAAAAAAAAAAUAACCAUAUAUAGAAAAAAAGAAAAAGGCAUAUACUUUUUUUUUCUUCCAGUCCUAUUCAUGGCUAAUUCUAUAUAAUCCUCCAAGUAGAUAAGAAGAACAAAAAAAAAAAAAAAUGUUUUUAUUUUAAUUAAUUUGUAAUGGCGAUAUUUGGCUUCGACUGACUGCUGACGUCAAAGGCGUAUUACGGGCAACAUUUAUAUAUUUUUUUCUCUCUCAUCUAAAAAAAGGAAAGUAAAAAUUCUACAAAGUGAGUGACAAAGUGAAGAAGUCAUCUUUUAGAGACAUCUUUUUUUUCUGCAACUUGGACGCGGCCGGAGACUUAGACUGCGACGAGAUCUGGAACUCCGUUACUUCCGAAGAAAACGAUGACUUGUCGGUUGUUGGCUCGGUUUCCCUUGUAGCGAUUGCGCCCGUGGGGAUUGGAAUGCAAAGCACUGAUAUGUCACAUAAAGUAACUUGGUUUCAGAUCUUGGUUUAUGUAACGAAUGUAACACAAGAGAAAAAAUGGACGAAAUAUGUCCAGACAAGGAGACUGCCUUGUGUCUUUGUUUACUUCUGUUGAGCAUUUGAAUUAUUUUCUCGUAUUUUUUUUGGAUAGGAUAUAACAAAAAUCCUUUUUUUUCAUUCAUGCUCUGUCAUAUACAUUUUUGUGCAUUUUGUAUAUAAUAUUGGCCCGUAUUUUUUUUCAUACACGGUUACUCAAUACAUAAAUUAUCACAAAAGUGCUCUAACAUGACACUACCAGGACAUAAAUCAGUUAUCGACAACCAAAACACUUUAAAAUUUAUUUUUAGAAAUUCUAUUGUAAUGCUCGUACUUUAAAUAAAUGAUACACAAA